AUGCCACGGGCCAAGAAACGCGCACGCAAGGACGUGUCCGAAGAAGAAGAAUCUGAUUACAUCUCGGCUGGAGAGAGUUCUGAGGAAGAAGCGUUAAACAGUGACGCGCUUGACGAGGAUACUCCACCACCGUCAGCUAAGAAAAAGAAAACAAAGGGCAAGACCGCUAGAGCAUCCAAAUACUGGAAAGGAAAGAAAGAGCAAGAGGAGAGUGUUGACAAGGCGACGUCUACAAAGAAGAAAUCCAGCCCGGUGAAGAGCUCCACCUCCUCGCAUAAGAGACGCAAGAGCGGAGAUUCGCCUCCUUCUUCUUCUUCCGAACCAGAGGAUGGGUUCAUCACGGUGGGACGUAUCUGCGAGGCUCCGAAGACUGGACGAGUCCCUCCUGGGCAAAUAUCGCAGAACACAUUUGACUUUCUCAAAGAAUUGCAAGACCCAAAGAAGAACGACCGUGAAUGGUUCAAGCUACACGAACCCGUGUAUCGACAAGCGGAAAAGGAAUGGAAUGACUUUGUCGAAGAGUUUACGUCUAUCCUCUCCGAAGUGGACGACGAGAUUCCUCACCUUCCGCCGAAAGAUGUCAUUCAUCGGAUUUAUCGAGAUGUACGCUUCAGCAACGAUAAGACACCAUACAAGAGGAAUUUCUCCGCCUCAUUCUCGAGGACGGGACGGAAAGGCAUCUUUUCGCAUUACCAUUUAACCCACAUUCGCCACAAUGCACAACCUCUUCGAGAUGUCAUCUCUAAUCCGACCUUUGAGUCAUUGUUUGGCCCCGCAAAGUGGUCAAAUACGAAGAGACAGAAUAUCUUUGGAGGCGAAGACCAGCUCAAAGUAGCCCCGAAAGGGGUUCCAAAGGACCACCCGGAUAUUGAUUUGCUGAAGUGUCGAAGCUUUGCUGUUGUUCAUCAUCUGACGGACGAGCAAGUACUGGCUCCCGACUUUAAGGAACUGCUCGGGGUCAUUGCAGAGGCUGCAAAACCUUUUGUUCAUAGGCUCAACCACAUGCUGACCGUCGGAGUGGAUGCAGAAGAUGCCGAGUCCUAA